UUCAACCUGCCUGAAUCAAAACAAAUGAUUAAGAUACUCUACAGAAAUAGUUGCGCUUUAUAUAUCACAUAGGUAGACCGCAUAUGUUUCUUAGGGACAGCGGUGCAUUGGGUAUCAGAUUAAGUCUAAAGCUUUUAUGAAAGCCGUUAAUCUGAUGGUCACCGGCGUUGACAGGGAUAGUCGGUUGCUGCACAGCUCGUCGGUCCGUUUCCUGGGAGAAUCGCUAACUGUGGGAUGAGCCUGCUGCUAUCGCUGAGACAUAACGACACACCAAAUAAGUCCCGAACCAUUAGUGGACUGCAAAGAGAUUGUCCUGACACCCAGCUCUAAAAUGAUUCGUUCACGCCUUGCUGGAUUUAAGGCCUGUUAAUGGUUAUAAGUAGUUGCUGUUGCUUUUUGUGGAAUCCGCUGUAACGCUUCGUGCUCCCAAGCUAAACACCAGGUAAGCGGUGAGCUAGCGCGCUGCUGCUCGCCGGUUCUCCGUUAAUCAGCGUUGUUGGCGAUCCCGAACAGUACUUUCAGCUGGCCUACAGACUAUCGUACUGUAGAUGAGGUAAUACUGUUCAGGGCUGAGUCGGUCCGCCUGCCUGCUCGUUACCAAACCGAACUGCUUUAGUUAACUCUAGCUAUAAAUACACACCUUUGUUUCCCUUCCAUCCAAAUGCGGCUCAGCUACUGACAGGGUGUCUUCCUCACUCGCCUCUUGGCAGCUGGACCUCCUGCGUUUUCCCUGCUCCGGAUUUACUGAACUCUGUCGGCACGCUGUCAAACUCUGAGACAAGCUGCGGGUCAAUCCGUUUAGGCCAACGUGAAAGAUCAACACGUCCCAGAUAAGCCUGUAGGAUAUCGCUAAACAGUCCCAAAUUUAAUGGAAAUUCACCGUUGUUUUUCAAGAAAAAGGUACAGAGUCGAACCUCCAAGGCCGGUAACACAGACUCGUUAAUCAGACUAAACCGAGUGAGAAGAUUCCGCAUGAACACCAUGUCGGAAGACAACAAUGCAGACAAGUUUAUUAAGGAAAGCUCCAUCCUGGAAGAGUACAGUAUAAAUUGGACACAGAAGCUCGGUGCUGGAAUCAGUGGACCUGUAAGGGUUUGUGUGAAAAAGUCAACACAGGAACGGUUAGCCCUGAAAAUCCUGAUUGACAGACCUAAAGCACGAAAUGAGGUAAGACUUCAUAUAAUGUGUGCCUCACACCCCAACAUUGUACGCAUCUUGGAGGUUUAUGCCAACAGUGUGCAGUUUCCCCAUGAAUCCAGUCCACGAGCUAGAUUAUUAAUUGUUAUGGAGAUGAUGGAAGGAGGAGAGCUGUUUCACAGAAUCAGCCAGCACAGGCACUUUACAGAGAAGAUGGCCAGCCAAGUCACUAAACAGAUUGCCCAGGCUUUGGAACAUUGUCACUCACUUAACAUUGCACAUCGAGACCUAAAGCCAGAAAACCUGCUGUUUAAGGAUAAUUCAUUGGAUGCUCCUGUAAAGUUGUGCGAUUUUGGUUUUGCCAAAAUUGAUCAAGGUGAUCUGAUGACCCCACAAUUCACUCCUUACUAUGUAGCACCUCAGGUAUUGGAGGCACAAAGACGUCAUCAGAAAGAAAAGUCUGGAAUAAUACCUACCUCACCCACCCCGUACACAUAUAACAAGAGCUGUGACUUGUGGUCCUUGGGCGUUAUUAUCUAUGUGAUGCUUUGCGGUUAUCCUCCAUUUUAUUCUAAGCACCACAGCCGCACCAUCCCUAAAGACAUGCGCAAGAAGAUCAUGACUGGAAGCUUUGACUUUCCUGAAGAUGAGUGGAGCCAGAUAUCCGAAAUGGCAAAGGACAUUGUCCGCAAGCUUCUGAAGGUAAAGCCUGAAGAAAGACUAACCAUCGAGGGGGUCUUGGCUCACCCCUGGCUUAAUUGCACAGAGGCCUUGGACAAUGUGCUUCCUUCUGCUCAGAUGAUGAUGGACAAGGCAGUGGUCGCUGGGAUCCAGCAAGCCCAUGCAGAACAACUGGCCAAUAUGAGAAUACAGGACCUUAACGUCAGCCUCAAGCCUCUCAGCUCUGUGAACAACCCCAUUCUGAGGAAGAGAAAGCUGCUAGGUACAAAGCCUAACGAUGGCUUCUUCAUUAAUGACCCUGAAAAUGGAGCAGAAGACUCUAAUGUGGCUCUGGAAAAACUGCGGGAUGUGAUUGCACAGUGCAUCCUACCACAAGCUGGAGAAAAUGAGGACGAGAAGCUGAAUGAGGUGAUGUAUGAAGCGUGGCGUUUCAACAGAGACUGCAAGCUGCUCCGUGAUGGCCUGCAGGGACUGAGCUGGGAUGGUAGGGCUUUCUCUGAUAAAGUGGAUCGCUUGAAAUUGGCAGAGAUUGUGAAACAGGCUAUUGAAGAAAAGACAAACUUGGAAGACUCCCAAUAGAAAGUGGUGCAUUUCUAUUUUCUUUUGUACUGUUUAUUAUAAUUUUUCUUAAGCAAAUAACUGUAAAGUGUAAUUUUAUGUAAAUUGAAGCGCAUAUUUUCUCCCUUCUAUGGAUACGCUAGUAAGCCUGAUGUACAGCUGUAGAUAAUGGCAAGUUGUUGGUAUCAUUACUUUUUAACAUUGAUGAAACAUUUCAAAAAGACUAUUUUUGUUUUGCAAGAAAAAAGUACCAACUGAGGCUGUAUGUAGCCCUUUGUAAUUCAUUUCAGAGAUUUAUUUUUAUUUUUGUUUUAACAAUUCGCCCAAGUCUAUUUAUAAGAAAAAGAAUGAUGUUUUACCACAAAGCUUAAAAAAGUGCAAAUGAACAUUUGGAUGCUUCUUCAAAAUGCUUGAGGUGGGGGUCUGAACAGAAGUUUAAGAUGCGAUUAGAUAUAAUUUCAUAUCAUGCCAUAUCAUAAAAUUCCACAAAUUUGAAAUGUAUCAUCAAAUAAAAAUCCAUCAUAUUCUGGUCCCUGAGAAGGUAUAGCAGUUAUUUAAAUUAGGAUGCAAAAAAAAUUCAUGUCCUGUACAUCCUAAAAUCUUUUACCAAGUUAUGCUAUGCUGGCAUUAUUCUUUAUUCAUAUCAACUCAUUUUUGCUCAACUCCAGUAAUAAUUCCCUUUAGUACAGCUCAUAAAAUGCUGUUUGGUGAAUUGUAACUUUAUAUUGCAGCUUUCCUCAGCAGGGUCUGUGAAAAGCAAAUAAAUGCUGUAUCUAUUUUGA